CUCGCCCAGCUCGUUAGUGUUCGCGGGAGUUGCUGCUGCGCAAAGAAACGCAUCUACUACGACAUGUUGCUGAGCAACGACAGAUUUACAAGUGGAAAAGAACGAGUCUCGGCUUAAACAUUUCAGAAUCCGGUGCAGCAUGAGCCACGGGUGUGGCAGGGCUGUAUCCGACAAAGAAAAGAUCCUAAAUGUUUUCAACAAAUGACAGAAUGAAACGACUGAGAAGCCGCAAGGAGAGGAGUCAGAUGAGAGCUGGCGGAAAAGAAGCCUCCAAGUCCAAAGCACAUCACCAUCAUCACUGUCGUCGCCAAAGGAGUGAAGACAUGGCGUAUUUCCAGAACUGCUGUCAUAGUAGCUGUCAUUGUGCUUCAGGGAGAAAUGCACCGUUUCCAAACGUCAUUCCUGCGGCACAAGAGCCGAGUAUAAUCACGGACAGUCGCCUGAUAGGACACCAUGGCCUGUUCAACCACGAGGUGAAGUCUAUCGACAUAGAGCGCUUGUUAGGUGAGCAGAGGAAACUGGGGAAAAGUGGACGGCAAGGACAAGAAAAGAACAAUUCUACUUCACAUCCAUCUUCAACAUCUCACGUUCCUUCUCCGUUCGUCGCUCAUGAUUUAUUGGGUGCUGAUACUGAUGAGGUUCUGCCAUUUAAAGAAAAAACAGCCCAUGAUGAUUGCCGGAAGAAAGAGGAGAAAAUCAGUCAGGGAUCAGAUCUUACACCGGGGCAGAGGCCGCAGAAGAAGCUCGAUGUUGCAUCUGAAAGUUUUAAAAGCGUCUCCUCAUCUAAACACAGCUCAUUGGAUGUAGUGAUAAUCAAGAGCAAGAAGACAAACCCUCUCAUGUCUGAAAAGAGCAAAGAGUCCCAGCUGACUCCCACUGUUGUCAAAGAAAGUGUGAAGACAUUAAACAGGAAGGCAAAGGGACACAUGAAUUCUACUGUGGAGCACACCCCAAAGAACCAGGAGUCUCCGGUCCACCAAACACCAGCUCAUGGUCUCAGCCCAAGCCCAGUUCAGCUCUCCAGCUCAGACACUGUCGACAGCUUUGACAUCCAGCGCCGGAGACGAGACGCUCGCUGCACUUCUAAGUCCGUUAGUGCAGUGGCAGCAGGUUUGUGUGACUGUCUGCAGUUCCCACUUCUGAGGAGAAGAAACCUGGUGGCAGAGAGCAGGGAGGUGCUGUUGAAAGCUCUACGGGAGAGGCACGGACCCCGGCUUCAGGCGAACCUCCUUGAGGUGCAGCGAGGCCUCAGCUAUGGUGUCGAUCCAACAAGGAAAGUCCAGGAUCAGGAGCCGACUAUGAUGGAUGAGCUGUUGCCUCCAGCAUUUCAAGCUGACACUGCGAGUCAGCCGUGUUAUGACAGCCAGAAAACCACAUCUUUCAAAAUGAUGGGAAGUAGACCUUUUAACCAGAAGUCCAGGCCACAGCCACGCCAAAACCUGGAGCAGUAUCCAGGAUGUCCUCCAUCAGCCCCUUUGUUUGCAUCCUGUCUUCUUAACAAGACAUCAGAGGGGUGUUCUGCUGCCUCCUUGUAUACCACAAUAAUGGAUCAUAUUCAUCCAACCACAGAAGAUUACUGGGACUAUGACUACAAUUACACCUAUUCCCCUGACGAAAGCAGGUCGCAGGCCGUCCCAUGCUUACAGGAGGACAGCUACGGGUUUGCACAGAGGUACUCCCCUGUUGUAUACACUCUGGUGUUCGUCCUGGCUUUUGUGGGCAACGUGCUGGUGCUUUGUGUGAUCCGACGCUACAGAAACUCUCAGAGAAGUGGAGCCUGCGCCUUCUCUCUGACAGACACCUUCCUCCUUCACCUGGCCAUUUCUGACCUCCUGCUGGCCUUCACCCUGCCCCUGUUUGCAGUGCAGUGGGCUCACCAGUGGGUGUUCGGCUUGGCUGCGUGCAAGAUCUCCGGUGCCCUCUUCUCCUUGAACCGCUACAGCGGCAUCCUUUUCCUGGCCUGCAUCAGCUUUGACCGCUACCUGGCCAUCGUCCAUGCUGUCAGCUCUGGCUGGAAGCGCAACACCUGCCAAGCCCAAAUUGUGUGCGCCAUCAUCUGGGUGUGCUGCCUGGGCCUGAGUGGAGUGGACAUGGCCUUCAAACAGGUAGAGGAGGUGUACACUGUGGGCCAUCAGAAGGCGUUCCUGUGCCAGUUGUGGUUCACUGAGAACUCCACCCAGUGGCAGGUGGGGCUGCAGCUGGUCAGUGUGCUUCUGGGUUUUGGGCUCCCCUUACUGAUCAUGCUCUACUGCUACAUCCGCAUCUUCAGGUCCCUUUGCAACGCUACUCGUCGCCAGAAGCGCAAGUCUCUCAGCCUCAUUGUCUCCUUAGUUUCUGUGUUUGUCGUCUGCUGGGCGCCGUACAGCUGCUUCCAGCUGGUAGAUAGUCUGAACAAGCUGGGCGUGGUGGCUGGAGGUUGCCAGUUUGGCCAUGUGAUGGACAUUGGGACUCUGAUCACUGAAAGCUUGGGACUGUCGCACUGCGCCUUGAACCCUCUGCUGUAUGGCUUCGUGGGGGUGAAGUUCAGGAGGGAGCUGGUCAGAAUGUGUAAGGGGCUGCUGGGACAGAGAGGCUUGCUGGGGAUGGAGGGGUGGAGGGAGAGGAGGCUCAGGAAAACCACCAGAUCCUUCAGCUCUACAGAAAGCGAAAAUACCUCCUUCUCUGUGAUGGUGUGAACCGAGAGACAGGGAGAGCGAGGUGUGUGUGUGUGUGUGUGUGUGUGUGUGUGUGUGUGUGUGGGUGUGUGUGGGUGUG